AUGAGCAAAUUGGCCUGCGUGUACGAAGAUGGCGGCCGAAUGACUUCGACUGAAUACAUACAGUCCCUUGAGAAGAAAGUCAGCGAACUUGAAGCACUUCUAGGCCAUCCUGCAACUUUGUCGCUGUCGAGAAGCGACUCACAAGCACUUGAGAGUCAAAGCUCACCAUCAACGACUGUGAAGGAGAGUCCGCCAGACGACAUUAUCGAGACUAUCGUUGAUACGCGGAAGAAUGGUGCGAGAAGUGCACCAGUGGACGAACGCACUCCAGUCACUCAUCGACACGAUCUCAAUCCUCAUCAUUUCGGUGGCCUUAGCUUGCUCGGGCGAGUCCACAGACUGUGUCAACACGUGUCCGGUAUGCGCCAUGAGAACGGGGACGAAGAGGACGACAAUGAUCUGGCCAGUGGUUUCGAAAUCGCGCCUCCCGAGUCCAACAUGUCCAUCUCGUGGGAGGCAUUUGCGCUCCUGCCAAGCCGAGAGAAUGUGGAUGAGGCCAUUGACGUUGUGCUCGGUGAGGCCACAUGCAAUAUGCAAUUCCUCGAUCGAUCCACACUCAACCAAAUGGCCGACACUGUGUUCCACGAAAUCGAGGCCGAGAGCACGCCCCAUACAAGGAAGCCAUUGGCGUUGAUAUAUGCCGUCAUCGCACUUGGUCGGUUGUUCCGGCCUGUGCUGUUACAGGGACGAAAGGGACCUAUAACGCUGAAUGGCCUUCGCUACUUUCGCGCAAGUCGUGCACUUCUCGAUCCGGCAAGCUGUCAGGAUGUGAUCUCAUUACAAACACUCCUGUGCAUGAUCACCUACACCAACGGAGCUUCGAUGAUGUCAACAUGCUACAGCUAUAUCUGCAUGGCCGUCGCUGCCGCAUUGCAGAUGGGCAUCUACAGCGAUCUUGUCAAUAGAGACAUGCCCGAGGAGGAGCGAAGGACUCGGCAAGUCAUCUUUACAGUCUUAUCAAUGACCGAUACAUAUGUAACAACAGCGCUGGGCCUCCCACGAACACUACGGGAUAUCGAUCCGGAGCGUGCAUUGCUCGCACCACCGAAUGCGAUCGACUACAAAGAUCCGAUGUAUGGGACGUAUAUGCACGCACAACUAAUACAGAUCCUCGCAACUACGGUGGAGACCAACCAUCCGUUCACCCGGCCGAUCGAGACGAAGAACGGCACUUAUGGAGUCGAGUAUAGCAAGAUCGUUGCGACUGAGGAAAAGCUUGAACAGUGGCUCGAGCGGCUACAGCAGACGCCGCUCAGCGAGACCCAUGUUGGAGACAGUGUGACUAUGAGGUCGCAACUGAUGCUCCGCUUAUACUACGCUCACGUACAAAUGGUUCUUUAUCGCCCAUUCCUGCACCACGCACUACGAAACGCCGGCAACGGCAGCCGGACAAGUCUCAAAGCCUAUGCAUGUGGCAGUGCCUGCAUCAAGGCAGGCAUGCAAGCUGUAUGGCUGGUUGAAAAGCUCGAAGCAUCCUCACUCUUCAACUCCUCAUUAUGGUUCAUCAAGUUUAUCAUCACAUUCACUUCUGCUUGCUUGACGCUGUUCGUCACCAGUAAUGCUGGUGGGCCCACAGUCAACGAGACAGCGGAUGCUGUCAGGAGGAUAAAGGAGUUAUGUAGGCGACAUGCCCACGAGAACGACUCACUAAGACGAUGCUUGAACUUCUUAGAAAGCGUACCAAUGCACGGCAAGCGCAUCGAGAGCGUCGACAGCGAGUUGUGGGAUAGCUUUGUGGCCAGCACUCAGUCAUUCGGCGAAGCUUUCCGUGCCGCAGCCGAUGUCGACGAGGGCAAUAAUCAGAGCGAGGAUCACCUGCAAGCUCUUAGUCUGCCGCAGUUCCAGUCAUUUGUCAACACGCGGCUGUAA